AUGAUGAAACGAAAAGUCCAGUGCCCGAAAUUGAUCAAGACGGUCGUCGUAAAGAAAGCACGGAAAAUGACGGAAGCGGAAAUUAAAUCGGCUCAAGAACAAGCACAGAAAGAAGACAGACAACGGAAAGUGAUGGACGGAAUCGCGCAACACCCCGAAAGGCACAUUCUAGCGCCGCUUAUUUUUAACCGAAUGCCGGCAAAUGGCUUUGUAGACGCGUUGAAUGUUCUUGCGCCGCGGGAUGGCCAGCCAAAUUACGACGAUCUUUUACCUUUCUACGACUGUCGAAAAAUUCUCGCGAAAUUCGGAGAAGAAGAUCCAACGCUGAAAUCAAUAAGAGCACGGUGCAAAGUACUCGAGGCUUUAUUUUUCCUUUAUCUUAGCAAGAUAAAGAGUAUCUUUCAUCCUGUCCAAGAAAAUCCAAUUUCAGAAAUGCUAUCUCGCGCCUUCUGCUUCACUCGGAAUCGGGCGUUCUCGGUGCUCAAAGGAAACCGGGACAGAUUUGGCGGCGUCAAUGUUUAUUCCUACGAGAAUACAAGUUCCAUGGACGAUUUCCCCGAGACGCUGCAGAACUCGCUGGAGGAAUGGAAACAGACGGGCGUCAGGGGAGCCUGGUUCCAUGUUUCGGGAGCGCAGACUACUUGGAUUUCGCAUCUGAUUUCGGCCGGGUUCGAGUUCCAUCACGCAAAGAACGACACUGCCGUAUUGACCCGUUGGCUGCCCGAAGACGAGAGUUCUGGAAUCCCCGAGUACCCGCACACCUACCUCGGCGUCGGGACGAUCACCAUCAACGCGAAAAACGAAAUCCUUGUAAUCAAGGAGAAAGUGCGCUUUUACAACAAUUGGAAAUUCCCCGGAGGAUACGUCGACCGCGGAGAGAACAUUCUUGACGCAGCCGUUCGAGAGGUUAAAGAAGAGACUGGGGUGCAGACUGAAGCCCUCGGCUUGGUUGGAUUUCGGCACGUUCUUCCACAGAAAGACAUUCCCUUUCCUCCCUUCAAGUGUGCAGACAUUUACGCGAUUUGCGCCCUGCGCCCCACGGGGGACGAAACGAUUGUUCGCCAAGAGCGCGAAGUUUCCGAGGCCGAGUGGCUCCCCGUCGACGAGUUUCUGGAAAAAGGCUCUUUGCAUAAUACGCACUUCUUGAAUGCGUAUUUGAAAGCGAAGGAUCAAAAUGUUAUAAUCUCGCCGCACGACUUUUCGAUGAAAUAUGGAAAUGCAGAUAGACACAUGCUUAUGUACUUUAAUGAUAUUCUUGAUUCGAGUUCCGAUUGA